GAGCAAAUCCCCCUCCUCCUCAGAGCUGCUGCCGCCUGCGCCAAAGGCUGCAUCUGGCACAGGCCUCUUGACGGUUCCCGGGCCAUGCACCCCACCGAGCCCUGGAGCCCCAGCCCAUGGGCAGGGUCCGGGGACUACUCCGGGUCAGGCGCCCUGGAGGAGCUGGAGCUGUGCCCGUCCUGGGACCUGCCCUACAGCUACGUCUACAUCCCCGCGCUCUACCUGGCGGCCUUCGCCGUGGGCCUGCUGGGCAACGCCUUCGUAAUGUGGCUGCUGGCCGGGCGGCGGGGCCCGCGGCGGCUCGUGGACACGUUCGUGCUGCACCUGGCCGCCGCUGACCUGGGCUUCGUGCUCACGCUGCCGCUGUGGGCCGUGUCUGUGGCGCUCGGCGGCCACUGGCCCUUCAGCGAGAGCCUCUGCAAGCUCAGCUGCUUCGCGCUGGCCUGCACGCGCUGCGCAGGCGCGCUGCUGCUGGCGGGCAUGAGCGUGGAUCGUUACCUGGCGGUGGUGAAGCUGCUCGACGCGCGCCUGCUGCGCACCCCGCGCUACGCGCAGGCCGCCUGCUGCGGCAUCUGGGCGGUGGCGCUCCUGGCCGGCCUGCCCGCCCUGGCCUACCGCGAGCUGCAGCCGCUCCCCGGGGGCCAGGGCAGCCAGUGCGGAGAGGAGCCCUCCGACGCCUUCCAGGGCCUCAGCUUGCUGCUGCUGCUGCUGACCUUCGUGCUGCCCCUGGUUGUCACCCUCUUCUGCUACUGCCGCAUCUCGCGCCGCCUGCGCAGGCCGCCGCACCUGGGCCGGGCUCGAAGGAACUCGCUGCGCAUCAUCUUCGCCAUCGAGAGCACGUUCGUGGGCUCCUGGCUCCCCUUCAGCGCCCUGCGGGCCGUCUUCCACCUGGCGCGGCUGGGGGCGCUGCCGCUGCCAUGCCCUCUGGUGCUGGCGCUGCGCUGGGGCCUCACCAUCGCCACCUGCCUGGCCUUCGUCAACAGCUGCGCUAACCCGGUCAUCUACCUCCUCCUGGACCGCUCUUUCCGCGCCCAGGCGCGUCGCGGGGCCUGCGGCGGCGUCGGCCGCCUGACGCGCAGAGUCAGCUCGGCUUCUUCGCUCUCCGUGGACGACAGCUCUGUGUUCCGGAGCCGAGCCUGCAGCUGGAGCUCGUCCCAGCCGGUACACUCAGUCUCCUCGGGCGCCCUGUAG